CAGGUGUUGAUUCUCGUAACGUACCAUGCAAUUCAAGACAUAUUGUCAAGCCUACCAACCAAACAACCGAGCCUUAGAGAGAGAGAUCUAGUGUCGCUUAAUUCUCAGUGAUAUGUUUUCGUUCGGGGCGCUUGGGUCGCUAUUGGUACACGCGGCCAGCCAGUGAUAACAAAACCGCUAUGGAAAAUCGCAUCUAUGGCUGAACUAACUUUCUUUCCCUAUGUUACUUUGGCUUAAUUAUGGCAUUAAGUCUCAACACAAAGAAGCUGAUUAUACGGAUUGUGUUAUUUCUCGUCUACCUUCUUGUUGGAGCUGCCAUUUUCCAAGCAAUCGAAAUUCAGUAUGAAAAGGACAAACGAGAAGAGCUUCAGUUCAAUAAGGUCAAAGAAAAUUUCACGGCUAGACACAAUAUUUCAGACCAUGAUAUGAAAGAGUUCCUUGGCAAGCUCAAGAAGGCAUUAGAGCUUGGCUUCGACUUGCAGACUGCGGAGUUUCAGCAACAGUGGCAUUUUAUGAACGCCUUCGUUUUCGCUGGAAAUGUAGUGACGACCAUUGGUGAGUGAGAUCAUGGGCUACAACUUUGUUGGGAUAAAUGAUCUUCGAUAAGCGCGCAUUUUCACGCUCCCCCUAAAGUUGGCUUAAAACGUGCUAAGCGUUAAUCUGCCUUAGCAACAUACCGAGUGAGAGAGACGUAGAUUAUUCACCACAUAUCACUUGCAAUUUAGCCAAAAUCGGCGGUUAGUUAAGUACUGGGUUGUUUGAUUGCAUUGUUUACAAGAAGAAACGAAUAUUCGUCGAUUGCGAACAGCUACAAUUUUUAGGGAGUUGUGUCGGCAUCAUAUGGUCGAUUUCAUAUUCGGUCGAUUUUGGCUAUAACGCUGGGCAAGCAGCUGUGUGUUAUGGUUGUUUAAUAUUUAAAUUUUUGGGCCUUAAACGCGGCAAACAAAAAGCCUCUUCCAAAAAGCUUGUACGAACAUGGCAAAGAAAAAAGUUUUAACUUGUUGUAGCUUUUAACUGUGGUCUCUUUUACACUAGUUAUUAGGGUUUUUAUUCACCUCACAAAAUGGAAUUGAAUAUGCCACAAUUGGUCGACUGCGCAUAAACAUCUCAAGAGAACUUAAGAACCAUCUUUUGUCUGCCGAUAUUUUAAUUUUUCACCCUCGUAUUCCAUUCUUUAAUAUGUGGCUACGACGCGAAAUACGAGCUCAUAAGCCAGACUUAUUUUAGUCUUCUCGGAUGUUCACAAUUUCCUCUCGGCGUAAUCGUGUGUAUGCAUGGUUAUAUCAUUACGCAUUACGCACUCGCGACUUGUAUUAAAAAAACCUACGCUGAGAGAUAAAAAACGAAGAAACAAAUUACUAGACUAUUCAAAGGUCAAUCAUGGACAAGGAGACGGGAAAAAAUCUUGCUUGCGGCGGACUUUAUGAAAUAUUCCAGCCAUUUGCCUAAAAGGGGUUUAUUGUGCAUAUAUUUAGCUACGUGUAAAGUUUAUAUUUUUGAUGUCCUUGUUUUUAUUUGACCCGCCUGGCGCAACCUUGCCACAAGACGCGAUGUGGUAGUUUGCCACAACAAAGCCCUCAAAUGUUUUAGACAAACAAGAUAGGCCAGGGUUAAGUAUUUCUAGGCUGCCAUGCUAAUUUAUAAUAAUCAGCAAAUAAGAAAUUUGGCCACGAUGUAAGAAACCGUGUCUUAGUUCUAGCUAGCAGUUGUACUGGUAACGUGAAGCGUGCUCAGACAACUAAGUUUUUAUCAUGGUUGUAUUUGCGAAAAAAUUGCGAUGACAAAACACGAGCUUAUAGUUUGAACAAAUUAAUAACAGCCUCGUCGGCUUUAAAAUGGACUUGUAUUUAACUUUACGUCGAUUCCAUACAAAUAUUUGAAGGAGCUUAACGCAGCUUUAUGACAUCUCGCGUGGUGAGUGAUCAUGGUAGAAAAGUCAACAGUCGCAUCUUCCAAUAAUAAAUUACUCGCGUUUUUGACAAAAAAGGUUAUAAAAAUCCUUACGACAAAUUAGUAACAAUAAGGUGCCCACGGAUGGCUUGAGUAGAAAAUAUGAUUUGUCGUGCAGUAAACGCUUGAUGUUCUAUUUCUUGGUAACGCUUGGUUUUGUAUGUGUUUCUCUCCGCAGGUUAUGGACAUAUUGUACCAGCUUCAUUCUGGGGCCGCUUCUUUUGUAUAUUUUAUGCAUUGUUCGGAAUUCCUUUGACUGGAUUAACCCUCCGUUCUGUUGGAAACAGCAUCUCCGAGGAAAUUAGAAUUGCUGUGAAAAACUUCGAGAGGAGAGUAUACAACAGGGAAGCAGAGAAACUUGAAAUCAAGACCGCAAUCAUUGCUUUUAUUUUACUCAUAGCUAUUGUCGUCUUUCCAGCAAUUGGUUUUCACCGUUUAGAAGAAUGGACCUACUUUGAAGCCAUCUAUUUUUGCUUUGUAACUCUUACAACAAUAGGGUUUGGCGAUUUUGUGACCGGAAAUGUGAAAAAAGAAUAUUCUGAUGAUGACGCAAUUCCUAUAGUUUUAGAGUUCCUCAACUUAAUAUACAUGGUGGUGGGACUAGCGGUAAUGUCAGGUGUUAUAGUUUCAAUUAGCGGCGUUAUCGAAGAAAAAACGAAGAAUAUAGCUAUGCCAGAUCCUUUGGAAUCUCUAAAAGCAAUACAAUAUGCAAAUCUUAACUCUAAAGCUAUGCGAAAACUGGGCUAUAAAAUGGGUCCAUCCCCGUCCAGCGAUGAUGCUCGGCAGCGACAACAACAUCAGCGACCUCCGAAAACGAACUCAUCCACGCCUUGUGCAAUAGACCCAAGCUCUAAUCUAGAUCGCAGCCAGUCUGCGGAUAAAAUGGAUUUUCAAGGGCCGACGCCUAUACUACACUUGAAUAAAAAUAGCACCCUUUGUGAUGGUACGAAUAGCGCAAACGAAUUGACAGAAGGUUCUAACAAGCCUAAAUUAAUGUUCAACAACAAAGUCGUACCCAUGGUGUCGGACAGCGCCUGUGAUUUACCCGACCAAGAAGAGCGGAGACAUUCUAGAAUGUCCUCGUUCGACAACAAGAGCGAUAGUCACGAUGAAAUAGAACGUGAACUUGCGCCGAGUAAUAGUAACACGCGAAGAAACACAUUAACAGAGAAGACAGGAAGCAGGAAUGAGCUGGUAGGUAGUGCACAAGUUUUACUUAGUUAAUAAUUUAAGAUUAAUAGGACUCGAUGGAUUCGCCGCUAAAUUUAUUAUCAAAAAAAGCCCGUUUGAAGGUUGUGUUAACACAUGUUAUUCUUAACCUAAGGCUACAGUAAGGUUACAAAGUUCUGGCUUGGAUUUUCCUAUCUGCUUUGAGUUAUUGCUAAGGGAAACACGCCUAUUGAAUUUAAAAAGGCCUCAGUUUUUUUUUAAAGUCGAUUAGGAUUAACUAAUGGAGUUCUAAAGACAAGCUUUAAUGACUUGCAUGUGUUUUUUGCUCCGAAUACGACGAAGAUGUGUUGUUAUUAAAAGGGAGAAGUUUGAACUUGUUUCUUUGCGCGUAAUGACAGUCUUAAAAUUAAAAAAAUAUGUAUAAUGUAUUCUUUUAAUUUUCGAAUGAACUGGAAGCUUUUUGAUAUUGCCCAUGCAUGUCAAAAAAUAAGCUUUACGAGAAUUUUAUACUCAACUAAGGUUGGGACAACACUCACAAUCUAAAAGAAAAUGUAGUAAUUUUUUUCUUUUUGUGAAAUCUCACAUCUAGUGUUGUGGUAAAAUAUUUUUUUAUGCCGAUAAGCGUGGUUCCAUCGAAAACAAAGACGCUACAGAAUUAAACAUAAGCAUGUCAGUUUUUCAAUAGGAGCACCUGCAAGCCAGUGUAUUUAAGUCAGAAAUGGUUAGAAAUUACAAUAAGCUGAUCUCGCAUCAAUAUUCAGUGCGUCGCUGAAGUUCUCUACUAAAUGAUUCUUGAUAACAAUAGUCCACCUUUUCCCAUAAUCUUGAAGUUUAUUUAUUGUUAAUUUUUUAAUGAUGUUUUUCGCUGUAUCUGCGAAACUGCCGUGGCAUUGGUUGGAGAAAAACGAAGAACUUGCGCUGGCCGAAGCGAAAACUUGUAUGCUAAAUACGUAGGUCAUCUUUUUUUAAGGAACUGAUAAUUCGCAUACUGGGCUUUUGAGUUGGACAGCCCGUAAAUCUUAAAAUAAUUACGCUGAACAUUAUAUGUAUUUCAUAGAAAAGUUAAAUGGCGGUCAUUUGUUUAAUACGCGUGCAUGUUAGAGGCCAAGGACUGGUCUGAUAUCGAGUUUCACAUUUGCGACUCAGUCACGUAUAUUUUUAGAGAUUUUCCCGAGUGGUUAUUUUAAUUUAUGACGUUUUCUUUUCUCAGCUGUUGUCUUGAUGGUCUUCACGCAUGCACACUAAUAACCUGCGAUCAGCAAUACAUCCAAUCUCGUUUCCAAGGGCCGCGAUCAUUUUGGUCAGCGACGAGGAUCUCUGACCAAAAAGGUCACAGCCUCUGGGAACGAGAUUGCAGUACAGAAAAUCCCUGAAUAACAAUGACUGAGGUUAUGUGCCCGCGAGACUGAGCAGCCCUCCCAAAACCCUUGUUUUCACUAAAACCGCUAAACUACAUUACAUCAGGGGUAAACCUGCGUUCUGCGCAUGACUGGCCUGGUGAGACCUAGUAUUAAAAUGGGGUUUGGCGUUUGCGAAAAAUUUGAAAAUUUUUGCUACCUUGUUCGCAUCUGAGACACGCGAAAUUUUUGUUGAUGUUUUUGACAAAACACACUCCGAGUGGGGUGAAAUAUUAUCUGCUCUAUCCAUAGGCAUUAACAGCGACGACAAGUACGUCUUUAAAAUUGAAUUAAAAGAAGUAAACCAUUGGUGCCCGUUUUUCCAAAGUGUCUCAAUCGGGCCCGAAAACCAAUACAAUAGAACCGAAUUAGUCAACGAAACAAGAUAUUUUGAUUAGAAGGCUUCAACCCGCACUACAAUCUGUUCAAAUGCAGCAGUUUCUUAGGGGUCAAUUUCUCGAAAGGCCUGGUACAUAAACCUGUGGAAUAUUUCUAACCAUAAUCAUUUUCUGCUCCAUGGGUUCUAGGUGGUUCAAGCACAAAUCACCCCUCUUCCAACACCUCGCGCUUCACCAGCGACCUCCCCUGUUCCAACAGAACACGAACAUUUAAAUCCAAGGGAAGAGCCUUCACUGGAGGUUGAAGAACAAAAACUACCUUUCAGUAGCAGCUUUGAACUAUCAAAUGAAAAACAUGCUCUGCAAAAUGAACUUCCACCCGUUGAAGUGAUCGACAAGGGCGCUGUGACUUUAAAUGGCUUUGCCGGUCAUUCUAAGGAGUCAUCGAGAGAGGAGAACUUAGAAAUGACCCAAACGACUCGUCAUACGAUAAACAGGUAGCAAAUAAAACGUGGAGAGCAAUAAUUCCAAGGUAAUGCUUGGAAAAGGUGAUCCGUGACCUGAAAGUGGAUAGGAUUAUCCCGGAAGAGAAAAAUCGUCAGCAUUAUCCCCAGUUACCUAAAAUGUGUGGUCAGCUCAAGAAACCAAGCAAAAGUACCUUCUAAACACGCAAAGAAGUCGGUGAACGAGGUGAAAACUUGAAGAUGUCUCUACAAGACUGCUAGGUGCUAGGAAAAGGAAACUGAUUAUGGAUAAAGCAGACCUUAAUGCAAGAACUGGUGGAGUCACCUAGCCCUCUCGCGCGUCAAUGGCACCUCAUCCCUUUUCUUGUCAGUGCCUGCCAGCUUGGUUAUGAACCGAAAAUAUAGCACCUUAGAACAAGCGCCAAGGGUAAAGAUGACGACACAAAAUUGCCCACUUCAGAUGCUCUAGGGAGAAUGAGUACAAACUUUGGGUGCAGUGAAUUCUGGGAUGGUUUGUGUGUACAAGCGUUAGUUAUGAUUGGUCGAUGGUAUUUAAGACGACCAUUAACCAGUCAUAAGUAAUACUUGUCCACCCAGAAGAUUCCAGAAAUCGUUGCGCUAAAAGACUGUACUCAUUCCCCUCAUAGUUUCUGCAAUAAUAACGCAUUUGGGAGCGAUGAGCAUUCUAUUGGAAAACCUUACCUACACUCCGUACUAGUCAACUUUGCAUCGCAUGGCCACAACAAAUGUAGCACCAAGUCAUGCUUCUUAAACGCGUUCCCUGUCAGAGGAGAGGAGACGUCGUUACGUCACCUUGCUAUGGUAGCAAAAUUUCUGGAUCUCAACAAACCGUAGAUUAGUCUCCUUCGCAGCCGUUUUUAGGCUCGUCACGCAACGUUCACCCGUUACGUGACGAGCCUAGCCUGCGAAGAACUAAACAAACCUUGGUCCUGCAAAAAUGGCGGAAACAAAACGAAUUAAUUGCCAUUUAUGACUUUCCUGGCCUGUGCAUGAUCGCAGCCAGGAAAUGAACCCGUAGCCCAUACUUUCCUUCAAGCGUUCGUUUGUGCAAAUGGCCACCUCUGUCGAAAGAUUGUUGAGAGCCAGAUUGAUUGGUUGAGAGGUACAAAUUUUGUUACUAUGGUGAGGUGAUGUCAUACGUUUCCUCUCUAUUCAGGGCCGGGUUCUUCGAAGCCGGGUUAGUGCAAAUUUUGAACUCAGAUAUGAGGGCUUAAAAAGCCAAUUCAGUUGAGCUCAGUUGAAUUCUCUUUGCCUACAAUUUGAUGAUUGGAUAUGCUAAAAAAAAUAGAGAAAAUUAUCCGGGAGAGUGCUUUUAAUAAAAAGAAAAAGAAACUCGGGUUAAAAUUUAACCCCGAGUUAGCGCUAACCGGCGUUCGAACAACUCGGCCCUGAAGGCAAAGUAUCGCGGUUUAGCCUUUUCAUCGCACAUGCGUGGACCGCCCCGAUAGAAACGCUCCCUAUUUUCCAGAUUUAUCCCCGAUCAUCCCAGACGAUCGGGAAUAUCUACGAUUUCGAGUUUUCAUUAGUCAGCAAAAUCUGGGACGGUCGGGAAAUAGUAAAAUUCCCGAUCGUCUGGGAUUUUCCUGACAUAUUAAAACCAGGCUUAAGUGCGGACAAGGUCAUCUUGGACAAGAGCAAGAGGGGCUUGACAAGAGUUAAUGCAACAGGAGAACAAAUUAUUGCGAAUAGAUGAACAAUUGAAUAAAAGAAAUUAAAAAGGAGGAAAUUAAAUUUGAAUAAAACUGUUCUUUACCAGAAACAUUUUCUACAAAUUUAGGAAUUUUUCAAAUAUUAUUGUGCCAGGGUGAGUAUCUCAAUCAUGUGGCAAUUUCAACAAUCUAAAUAACGGCAAAACUUUUCUACAGGUUUAUAGCCACAUUUUUAUAUUUCCGUCCUUUAAAAACUUGUUUUUUAAUUAGUUUAAAAUAUUUAAUAGAUCCUCAACUUUAAUAUCUACACUGGCAGUCGCCAAAUAUGGCAAUUUCUCAGUUUCAAACUUUAAAUACAAGGAUAAUAAGGAGAACCAUAUUUUUGAUUGACCGAAGUACCGUAAGUGAUGGGAUAGUCACUUGGAAUCCGUUGAAGUUUACAACAUUCAAUUCUAAAGAGUUACUUAUGAUGUAUUUUAAAAAAAGAUAAUGACCUUUGAAGGGAACUUCUGUGUAAAAUAAGUUAACGUUAACGGGUUGGAAAUGAUAUCGCAGUUCCAUUUCUUAUCAUUUGAAGCGGCCGAUUUGAAACCAGGGCCAGAAAUUCAAAGCUGGUUGAUAACCAAGAAGUUAGCCCACGAACGCAGAUGUAUUUCCGAGCGCUAUCGCUUGUCUUCGACCAAUCGAAAAGUAACUUAUCAUGAGGGGGAGAAGCGACAACCGGAAAUACGUCCGGCAUCUGGGCCAACAGGAAGCUUGUUUCACUAAUGUUUUUUGAUUUUGUUUUUGUUAAAAUUUGCGUACGUAAUAAUAACACUCAAACACCGGGAUCGGAAAUAACAGUAGUUUUGUAUCAAAAUUAUUUCAAAAUCAAUUAGGACGGGUUGUGUGGACAGGACAGGUUUUCCUAAUAGUAAGUUAUUUAUUGAAAGGUUAACCGCGGCAUCGUAAACGACAUGUAAAUAGUUUGUAAAAUAACUGACUCGCUAGAAGACUAAAAAAUACUGUCAAAUAUAAAAAAUUGAAAGAAAUGUGAU